AUGGGAAGGGAAGACAAGAAGACACACGCGAUCAUGACCUCCCACGCCUUGACACUACCGCUCGAGCAGCGCAUAGCACACACCGACACCAUCAAGUUCCGCACUUUGACAGAUGCUCACUCAGGCCCAGGAUCCUUGCAAUUCGGAGCCCUGCUCGAGACGGAAGCACUGAGCAACAACUUGAUCUUCUUUCACUGCGGCAUCAUCAGCCCAAACAGCGGUAUCGGACAGCAUUUCCACAACCAAUGUGAGGAAAUGUUCGUCAUCCUAGACGGCGAAGCACAGUUCACUAUCGAUGGCAGGACAUCUCUCAUCAAAGGUCCAGCAGGUGCUCCUUGUCGAAUGGGACAUUCGCAUGCUAUAUACAAUCCCACCGACAAGCCUAUCAAAUGGCUGAAUAUCAAUGCCGGGAUGUCGAAAUGCUACGAUGCGUUCGAUAUGUUUGAUUCAAGAGAGAAUGUUUCUCUGGACCCGAUACCGCAAUUCAUGACGAUGAGCCUAGAUCGUGCUCUCCUCAAGCCCUCCAAGCAGACCAAGGGCUCGCGUAGUGCUGUACAGUACCGCCGGGCCCUCUACCCAACAGUCUUUCUGACCCCCUGGGCAUAUGUGGAUCACUUUCUGCUAGAACCAGGCGCAUCGAUUGGACCGCAAACGCUAUCAGAUCUCACGGAAGUCUAUUAUGUUAUGUCUGGGACUGGCGAGGUCACGAUCGAUGAUCAGACUAAUCAGAUCAAGGUCGGCGACGCAAUACCGGUUGACUUGAGUCAGACGAUGUCGGUUCGAGCGAGUGAGCAAGAACAGCUGGAACUGCUGGUGGUAGGUGUGGCGAAAGAUAUGGCUACCAAGGCUGCUAUGAUGGCUACGCCGCCUCAAUAUGCCAAGGAUGCAAAGUAG